GUUGUGGCUUUUGGUUGAUUUUUUUUGUUUGUUUGUUUUUAGGUUUUUUGUGUCUUUUGAAGUUUUCUUGGAUUUUUUUUGAUUGUUUAGGGUUUUUUGGAUAGUUUUUUUUCUGUUGCUUCUUUUUUGGUUGGGUUCUUUGAAGUUUUCUUUGGGGUUUUUUGUUGAUUUUUUUUAGUUGCAUUUUUUUGUUGCUUGACCUUUUCUUGGUUUUAUUUUGCUUGGUUUGAUUUUUGUGGUCUUUUGGGGGUUAAGUUUGGGGUUUUUUUGGUUGCUUGAGGUUUUUUGGUUGGGUUUGGGGUUUGUUUUGUUUUCUUGUUUGAGCUUUUCUUGUUUGAGAUUUUUUGGUUGAGUUUUUCAUUUGGUUUUUUGUCUUGUUUGAGCUUUUCUUGUUUGUUUUUUUUUGCUUGGUUGAGUUUUUCAUUUGGCUUUUUCUGUUUAGAUUUUGGGGUAUUUUCUUGGUUGUUUGGGGGUUUUGUUGGUGAAGGUUUUUUGUUUGGGGGUUUUUAAUUGUUUAAGGCUUUUUUUUCUUGGCUUUUUUGGUUGCUUUUGGGUUUUUUCUUUGGUUUGUGCUUUUUUUUGUUUGGAGUUUUUGUUUGAGGUUUUUUUUGGCAUUUCUUUUUGUUAGUUUUUUUGUUGCUAUUUGAGUUUUUAUUUGGUUUUUUCCCUUGUUUAAGUUUUUUUGGGACAUUUCUUUUGUUACUUAGGUUGUUUUUGUUGUUAUUGAGUUUUUCUUUGGGUGUUGUUGUUUGAGCUUUCUACUUGAGUGUUUUUUUGUUGGUUCAGACUUUUGUUUGAGGCUUUUUGUUUGGAGUUUUUUGUUGCUGAAGGCUUAUUUGGGGGUUUGUUGGGUUAGAUUUGGUUAUUUUUGGGGUCAUUUGGGGUUUUUUUUGGGUCAUUUUGAGUUUUUUAUUUGAGUUUUUUAGUUCUUCAGGGUUUUUUGUUGGUUGUUUGGAGGUUUUUUGGUUGUUCUUUGAGUGCUUUUGGGGUUUUUUGUUGGUUGAGGUCUUUAUUUGUUUAGUGUUUUGUGUUGGUUUGGGGUUGUGGUGUUGCUCUUUGAGGGUUUUUUUGUUGUCUUGAGUUUUUCAUUUGAGGGUUUUUUGUUGGUUAGGGUUUUUUGUUGCCUGUUUGGGGGUUUUGUUGGCUGUUUGGGUUGGUUUCUCUUAGCUCCUGGAGGGUUUUUGGUUGUCUGGUUGGACUGAGUUUAUUUUUUGCUUGACUUAAGUUGGUUUUUUUUGAUUGGGGUUGGUUUUUAUUGGGUUCUUUUGGUUGUUUGGGGUUGGUUUUUAUUGUCUUUUUGGUUUUUUUUUGUUUUUUAGUGUUCUUUGGGGUUCCUUUUGGGUUGUCUGUUUGGGGUUGGUCUUUAUUGGGUUCCUUUUUGGUUGUUUAGGAUUCUUUGGGGCUCUUUUUUGGUUGUUUAGGGUUGUUUGGGAGUUCUUUUCUGGUUGUCUGAGGUUGGUUUUCAUUGGGUCCCCUUUUGAUUGUCUGAGGUUGGUUUUCAUUGGGUCCCUUUUUGGUUGUCUGAGGUUGGUUUUCAUUGGGUCCCUUUUUGGUUGUCUGAGGUUGGUUUUCAUUGGGAUCCUAUUUGGGUUGUUUGGAGGUUUUCUUGGUUGUCUGUUUGGGGUUGGUCUUUAUUGAGCUCUUUUUGGGCUGUUUAGGGUUGUUUGGGAGUUCUUUCUUGGUUGUCUGAUUGGGGUUGGUCUUUAUUGGGUUCUUUUUUUGUUGUCUGUCUGAGGUUGGUUUUUAUUGGGUUCUUUUUUGGUCAUUUUGGGUUGUUUGGGAGGUUUUCUUUUGGGUUCCUUUUUGGCUGUUUGGGUUUUUUCCUUGGUUGUCUGUUUGGGGUCGGUUUUUAUUAGGUUCUUUUGGGGUUGUUUGGGGUUGGUUUUUUUGGGUUGUCUGCCUGGGGUUGUUUUUUCUUCAUGUUUGGACAAUCUUCUGGCUACUUCUUGCCGAGAAGGAGUAAAAGGGAGUGUUGGAAAUUAACAAACAGGAUUAAACCUUUGAGAGCUUGAGGAGAGCUCAAAACAAAACAACCAAACCAAACACAAAGCAGGUUAAGGAACUUUAAUCCAGGAUGGAUCUGCAGGAGCCCCAGCAGCUGGGGAUGUUUGCAGAGGGGGAGCUGAUGUCUGUGGGCAUGGACACCUUCAUCCAUCGCAUCGACUCCACCGAGGUCAUCUACCAACCCCGGAGGAAAAGGGCCAAGCUGAUUGGCAAAUACCUGAUGGGAGAUUUACUUGGAGAAGGCUCUUAUGGCAAAGUCAAGGAGAUGUUGGACUCUGAAACCCUCUGUAGGAGAGCUGUGAAGAUCCUGAAGAAGAAGAAGCUUCGCAGGAUUCCCAACGGGGAGGCCAAUGUGAAAAAGGAAAUUCAGCUCCUGCGGCGCCUCCGGCACAAGAACGUGAUCCAGUUGGUGGAUGUCCUGUACAACGAGGAGAAGCAGAAGAUGUAUAUGGUGAUGGAGUACUGCGUGUGUGGGAUGCAGGAGAUGCUGGACAGUGUCCCAGAGAAGAGGUUUCCUGUCUUCCAGGCCCAUGGGUAUUUCUGUCAGCUUAUAGAUGGCCUGGAAUAUCUGCACAGCCAAGGGAUUGUCCACAAGGAUAUAAAACCUGGGAACCUGCUGCUGACAACCAAUGGGACACUGAAAAUCUCGGAUUUAGGGGUGGCAGAGGCCUUGCAUCCCUUCGCGGAGGACGACACCUGCAGGACCAGCCAGGGGUCGCCAGCAUUCCAGCCCCCAGAGAUUGCCAACGGCCUGGACACCUUCUCAGGCUUCAAAGUGGACAUCUGGUCUGCAGGGGUCACACUGUACAACAUCACCACGGGGCUGUACCCCUUCGAGGGGGACAACAUCUACAAGCUGUUUGAGAACAUUGGCAAGGGAGACUACAGCAUCCCCGAGGACUGUGGGCCGCCGCUCUCCGACCUGCUGCGCGGGAUGCUUGAGUAUGACCCAGCCAAGAGGUUCUCAAUACAGCAGAUCAGGCAGCACAGCUGGUUCCGGAAGAAGCACGCCCAGGCCGAGGCGCUGGUGCCCAUCCCCCCCAGCCCCGAGAGCAAGGACCGGUGGAGGAGCAUGACGGCGGUGCCUUAUCUGGAAGACCUGCACGGCUACAACGAGGAGGAGGAGGAGGACUUGUAUGACAUUGAAGAUGAUAUCAUCUACACUCAGGACUUCACAGUACCAGGACAGGUGCCUGAGGAGGAGGCAGGGCAGAACGGGCAGAGCCGCGGCAGGGCACUGCCCAAAGCUGUCUGCAUGAACGGGACGGAGCCAGGGCAGCUGAGCAGCAAAUCCAAGGCGGAGCGGAGGGCGAGCGCCUCCUCCAACCCCUCCCGCAAAGCCUGCUCUGCCAGCAGCAAGAUCCGCAAGCUCUCCACCUGCAAGCAGCAGUGAGCCCCCCCUGCCACACAGCAGCACCCCAGGGCCUGGGCCAGCCUGUGCCCCCCCCCGCCUCACCCCAUCCCUGCCCCUCUCCUGGGACUGGACUGUGCUGGAGAUCCAAGCCAAGAGACCAGAGGAGACCAACCAAGGACCUGUCUGUGUGUGCCCCCCACACCUCCCUCCUGUUCCCUGCAGCCCCCCCCGGCCCCCCCCCCGCCUCCAACCAGCUCCAGGAUCCAGAAGCUGCCUGUGGCCAGACCCCACUCAACCACCUGGGAAGAUGAAAUAAACCUCCAGCUGCAGCUGCUGCUCCUUCCUCUUCCUCCCUCCCCUCACUCUUUGCCAAUCAA